CAGGCUCUGACGUCAUACAACCGCUACACGCUUACAGCGCAGCUAGAUAAUCCGCACCGAACCUUCGGACAUCACUAAGGGGAGCCGUCACCGGGAUAAUAGCGUCGCUUCACGUCUGUCUGCUGAAUUCAACCAUGAAUGGAAUGAUUAUCAAGCUCAGCCGCAACCUGAGCCAGGCCGCACCAGCUCUCAGCCGCAGUGUCCACUCGGGUAGGUGUCUCGCCUCUGGAGCUACCUCCAAACUGAGGACUAAAGGCCCGCUCACCUCAGAGGAAAUCUUCGUUCGUGAGGACAAGUAUGGAGCACACAACUACCAUCCCCUACCUGUGGCCUUAGAGAGUGGCAAGGGCAUCUACGUGUGGGAUGUGGAGGGCAAUCGGUAUUAUGAUUUCCUGAGUGCUUACAGCGCCGUGAACCAAGGACACUGCCACCCAAAGAUCAUAGCUGCACUCACUGCCCAGGCCUCCAGACUCACCCUGACCUCCCGAGCAUUCUACAACAACGUGCUCGGAGCCUAUGAGGAGUACAUCACAAGCAUGUUCGGCUACGAUAAAGUUUUACCCAUGAACACGGGUGUUGAAGCUGGCGAGACUGCCUGCAAGCUCGCCCGCAAGUGGGCUUACAAUGUAAAAGGGGUUCCCAAAAACAAGGCCAAAAUCAUUUUUGCAGAUGGAAAUUUCUGGGGGCGCACCAUGGCAGCCAUCUCCAGCUCCACUGAUCCCAGCAGUUAUGAAGGUUUUGGUCCCUACAUGCCAGGAUUUGAGCUUGUCCCAUACAAUGACAUUCCUGCACUGGAGAAAGCCCUCCAAGACCCAAAUGUGGCAGCUUUCAUGGUGGAGCCCAUCCAGGGCGAAGCUGGGGUGGUGGUGCCCGAUCAGGGCUACCUGACCAAAGUCAGAGAACUUUGUACCAAACACAAUGUGUUGUGGAUUGCAGAUGAGGUGCAGACAGGCCUGGCACGCACCGGUCGACGGCUGGCUGUGGACCAUGAGGAAGUCCGUCCGGAUGUGGUACUGCUGGGAAAAGCACUUUCUGGAGGAGUUUACCCUGUAUCGGCUGUGCUGUGUGACGAUGAAAUCAUGCUGACCAUCAAACCCGGGGAGCACGGCUCCACGUAUGGAGGCAACCCUGUGGCCUGUCAGGUUGCUAUUGCAGCACUUGAGGUAAUGGAGGAGGAAAAACUGUCUGAAAACGCUGAAAUAAUGGGAGAGCUGCUACGGACUGAGUUGCGAAAACUCCCAAAAGACAUUGUGACAGUAGUCAGAGGAAAAGGCCUCCUCAAUGCAGUUGUCAUCAAAGAGACCAGAGACUACGACGCAUGGAAGGUGUGCUUACGCCUGCGUGACAGUGGACUGUUGGCCAAGCCCACCCAUGGUGACAUCAUCCGCUUUGCCCCUCCCCUCACCAUCAAGGAGCACGAGCUGCGCGAAUGCAUUGACAUCAUCCAGAGGACCAUCUUGUCUUUCUAAACAACCCUGGGAUUUCAGCUACUCCUUCAUUCACACACAUCCUUCAAACUGAUGAGCGACAUCAGAACCCAUGACUCAUCGCAAGGUCACUCUAAACCAAGUGGUUGUUUUUAUUUCUGUGUUUUUGUUGCAGGAUUUUAAAUAGCAUUGCUUCACUUAAGUAGAGACGAAACUGCUGUUAAGAACUAAGUGUACAAAUGACUUGUUACAAUCAAAACAUUUUUUGGAGCUGGUUUCUUCAGGCGUUUGCUAGUAAAGAGUGAUGUAAAUGGUUUCAAAAAGUUACUUACUAAGUUAUUUUACUUCAACUCUCUCAAAUGAGCCACAAUUAGAUCUCAGCAACUCAUGUGUGUAAAGGUAAAAGUACAAGUUAAAAAUAUACAGAAGGAAAUACAACUUGCUCACAUAACUCAUCUAAAGGACUGUAUCUUCCUAUACACGACAGCAGAGAUGAUUUCACAGAUUAGUUACCAUCUACUGAGCUGUUCCUGUCAGAUGAUGUGAAGCACAAGCAGGGUUUUGCACACAUUCAUCUCAAUGAUGAUGUUUUCAUAUUCCAAGACUUUUCAGAUUUCAUGAAAAAGAACAAAAAAACAAAAUGCUAUAAAACUCAAAAUUACAAAAAAAGGACGUAUUUUUAAAACAAACACAAACUUUUUAAAGAUUUUAAUUUAACCUAAGUUAUAACUAUUAUUGUGAACAUAAUGCUGUCUGAGACUCAGAAUCCCUACAGUGGAACCUUUGGUAUGUUAAAUCAAAUUAAUUUGAUAUAAUUUGGUUUCUGCAAUUUCUACAAUGAAUGUAUGAGGACAGAGAGCGUUAUGGAGACGCAUGCAGCAAGCGGAGACAGUUUCAGUUGACUUUUCUUUCCCCCCUCAUUGUAGUAUGUGUACACUGAGUCAACAUUUCUGAUGAGUGUUGUAACUGCUGUUAUUGCAAAUGUCACAUUUGAAUUGUUACAUAACUGGUUGUUUCCUGAUGAAUAAAUAUUUGGUGUACUGUCUUGCA